AGAAGAUGACCGAUGUGCACCAUGGCAACAAGCUCAGCUGAAAACUUGAGCAAUCCACCUUUCAAAAGUUUAAAGAUCAGAUACACCUUUCUCUUAUUGCUGGUGGCUUAUGUAUCAGGAGCUGUUGGAAACAGAGAGGAUCAUGUGUUCAAACAUAACCAUGAACAUAAUGCAAAUACAUUCCUUGGCUCUGAGGACAAAGAUGAAAUACAGAAACUCAGUCCAUCUGAGCAGCGCAAGCGGCUAGUGGAGAUAGUGAAGAAGAUUGACACCAACUCUGAUAAAUAUCUGACUCCAGAGGAGAUCACAGUAUGGAUACAGAGGGUGUACAGAAAAUAUGCGCUGGACGAUGCUGAGGAACGCUUUCCAGAGUUUGACUCCAACAAUGAUGGCUUGGUAUCUUGGGAUGAAUAUAAUAUGGUCAUGCACGGUCAUACUGUGGAAGUGGAUGCAGACGCUGUACUUGAAGACCCAGAGGAAGAGUCUCUCAGAUUUCUCCACGCAAAGGAAAAAAGACGUUUUGACUUUGCCAACAUGGAUGGAUCAGCUGGUCUGAAUCUAACAGAGUUCCUUGCAUUUACUCAUCCAUCUGAGGUGGACCACAUGGCUGAUUUUGCCAUUGAAGAUGUGCUUUCUGAAUAUGACUUGGAUAAAGAUGGAUUCAUCAGCUUGAGUGAAUUCAUUGGAGAUCUCAGAACAAAUGAGCAGGACGAGCCGUCGCAGUGGGAGAUUGAAGAGACGGUGCGCUUUAAAGAUCUCUAUGACCAGGAUCAAGAUGGAAAACUCAACAGGGAUGAACAGCUGCGCUGGGUCGCUCCAAACAGCUAUGGCUCUGCAAGAGAAGAAGCCCUUCAUCUAAUUAAGGAAAUGGACCAAGACGGGGAUAAUCGGCUCUCAGAGACAGAGAUUUUAAAAAACCAAGACACAUUCAUGCACAGUGAAGUGACAGAUUAUGGAAGACAGCUUCACGUGCCACAUGAUGAACUGUAAUAGUUUUUUUUAUAUAUAUAAAUAGUUCUUAUGGUGCCAUGAAGAAGGUUUACUUUUAGUGAUUAUUUUAUUUAGUUUUUUUUUUUUUUUUUGAUUAUUAAGUGUUUUGUUUUUUUUUUUAAGAAAACUGGGCCUUUAGUAAAGCGCAAAAUGCUAAUAAAAGUUGCCGUUAAUUUAGACCAUGUUAAAGUUGUAAUUGUUUUGAAAAUGCCCCAAAUUUUUAGUACCAAAAAAGUUUUCGUUGGCGUUUGUGUUUAUGAAAGUAGGACAAGUGUGGUGCUAAUCUUCAUGGGUGGGAACCUUUAAAGACAGACACUAACUAUCAUGAGCAGUGGUCUAUAAUUCUCCCAUUGUAAAUGAGUUAAUUUAUAUGCAAUAGUUUCUAUAGUCAAACAUGGAUUGGAAUGCCCUGUUCCUGUAAUUGGACUUAACCAACCACCAUUUACAGUAAAUGCAUGAUCCAAUAAGAUCCUUCAUUUAUGAUAGGUAAUACAUGAUAAAAAGCAUAGUGUUGCAACUCUAGUUACAUUGGAUUGUUCCUACUUCCCAGAACACACAGUAUCAUUGCAAAUAGUACUGUGGGCACUUUACUUAAGCCAAUAUAAAACAUGAAAUUUACAUAGUGUAACAGCUCUGGUUACGUUGUAUUGUUCCCAUUUCUUAUCACACACAGUAUUGAUACAAACAAUCUAGAAUUGUUUCAUUAACUCGCUCCAAACAUUGCAAUUAUUAGACAUUACUAUUUUUUGUACAAAGUGAAGUUGCGUUUUAACAAACAUUUUGCAACUGUUAAAAUGACGUUCUGUCUAAUUUUUCCAUUUUGACAAAUUAUACAAACAUAAAUCAUUACAUUAUUUUCCCACAAAAGCAAAGCUGCAAAAGUAAUUAGGAUAAUUUGAACUGUUGUAGACAUGUACAGUGCAUCCUUUUUCCACAUUUUUUAUGUUACAGUCUUAUUCCAAAAUUGAUUCAAUUAAUUUAUUUCCUCAAAACUCUACACACAGUAUCCUGUAAUGUCAUUGUAAAAAAAUAUAUAUUUUUUUUUAAAUUGUUGCAAAUUUAUUAAAAAUAAAAAACCUGAAAAAUCACAUGUA